CCUUCACUUCCCAUUUCUCCAGACACACUUUCACACAGCAUAUACAUACAUAUAUAUUUAUAUAUAUAUAUACACAGAGAGAUGUCUGCCAUUGGAGUAAUAAUCAACAACGGCGUUUUCUGCUCGUCUCUCCAUUACAAUGACCACACCUCCACCUCCAAGCUUUUCUCCGCCGCCAAUCUCCCCGUCGGCGGCGGCGCCGCCCACAACAACAAGGUUUUCAGGAUAGCAGCAGCGCACGACGGCGCCGCCGCCGCCGACCAAAACGACAUCGUUUUAAAGAAAUUGCAGAAGAAUCCGGCGCUCAAGUUCACCGGCGAAAAGCCCUCCACCCCUAUCUUGGACACCAUUAAUUAUCCAAUUCACAUGAAAAACCUCUCCCUCGACGAAUUGGAGAGAUUAGCAGACGAGCUUCGGGAGGAGAUCGUGUACAGCGUGUCGAAAACGGGGGGCCAUUUGAGUUCGAGCUUGGGGGUGUCGGAGCUGACGGUGGCGCUCCACCACGUGUUCAACGCGCCGGCGGACAAGAUCAUAUGGGACGUCGGCCACCAGGCGUACCCUCACAAGAUCCUCACCGGCCGGCGGCCCAGGAUGCACACCAUCCGCCAGGGCUUCGGCCUCGCCGGCUUCCCCAAGAGGGACGAGAGCCCCUACGACGCCUUCGGCGCCGGCCACAGCUCCACCAGCAUCUCCGCCGCACUCGGAAUGGCGGUGGGAAGGGACCUGCUAGGGAAGAGCAACCACGUGAUAUCGGUGAUCGGAGACGGAGCCAUGACGGCGGGGCAGGCCUACGAGGCCAUGAACAACGCCGGAUUCCUUGACUCCAAUCUCAUCAUUGUCCUAAACGACAACAACCAGGUAUCCCUCCCGACAGCCACCGUCGACGGCCCUGCGCCGCCAGUCGGAGCCCUCAGCAAAGCCCUGACUCGGCUGCAGGCCAGCCGGAAGUUCCGCCUCCUCCGCGAGGCAGCCAAGAGCAUGACCAAGCAGAUGGGAGAGCACGUGCACGAGACGGCGGCGAAGGUCGACACUUAUGUCCGGGGAAUGGCAGGGCCGCCGCGAGCCACCUUGUUCGAAGAACUCGGUCUAUAUUAUAUCGGCCCUGUUGACGGACAUUCCAUCGAGGACCUUGUCCACAUUUUGAAAAAAGUUAAGGAAAUGCCGGCGCCGGGGCCGGUUUUGAUCCACAUUUUGACGGAAAAGGGCAAAGGCUAUUCCCCGGCGGAAGCCGCAGCCGACAAAAUGCACGGUGUCGUUAAAUUCGACGUUAGGACAGGAAAACAGGCAAAGAGUAAGUCGAAAACAAAAUCAUACACUCAAUAUUUUGCGGAGUCAUUAGUCGCCGAGGCGAAGCAAGACGACAAGAUCGUCGCGAUCCACGCCGCGAUGGGCGGGGGGACGGGCUUGAACAUUUUCCAAAAGCAAUUCCCUGACAGAUGCUUCGACGUCGGGAUAGCAGAGCAACACGCCGUGACAUUCGCUGCGGGUCUAGCGACCGAAGGCCUCAAGCCGUUUUGCGCGAUCUACUCGUCGUUCCUCCAAAGAGGCUACGAUCAAGUGGUCCACGACGUUGACCUCCAGAAGCUUCCGGUGAGGUUCAUCAUGGACCGGGCCGGGCUCGUCGGCGCCGACGGCCCCACACAUUGCGGAGCCUUUGACACAACAUACAUGGCUUGUCUGCCGAACAUGGUUGUCAUGGCGCCGUCUGACGAAGCCGAGCUUAUGCACAUGAUCGCCACGGCGGCUGCGAUCGACGAUCAGCCGAGCUCCAUUCGAUACCCCCGUGGGAACGGCAUCGGCGCCGAUCUUCCCGCCGACAACAAGGGAACGCCGUUACAGAUUGGGAAAGGGAGGAUUUUGAGGGAGGGGAGCAGGGUGGCGAUAAUGGGGUUUGGGGCGGUGGUGCAGAAUUGUAUGGCGGCGGCGGCGAUUCUCGACCAGCACGGCGUGCACGUGACGGUGGCGGACGCCAGAUUCUGCAAGCCGCUCGACGGCGGUCUGAUCAGACAGCUGGCGAAGGAGCACGAGGUUUUAGUGACCGUUGAGGAAGGUUCCGUCGGGGGGUUCAGCUCGCACGUGGCGCAGUUCUUAUCGUUGAACGGUUUUCUCGACGGCAAGCUCAAGUGGCGGCCGAUGGUGCUGCCGGACAGAUACAUCGACCACGGCGCACAGGUCGACCAGAUCGAGGAAGCUGGGCUCAGUCCGAAGCACAUUGCCUGCACUGUAAUGGCGAUGGUAUCCGGCGACGGCGGAAAGGACAGGCUGAAGUUGAUCCAGUUGGAGUUUUAGAACCUGCUGACGUUGAAAUUGUCGUCGCCGGCGACGACGUACGGACCGGUAAAUUUUCUUGUAAGAGUUCAAGGAAGAAGAGGAAACGUGUAAUAAUGGACCGGGUCGGGUCGGGUCGGCCGGGGUCGGGUUAUUUGUAAUGGGCGGGGGGAAGUGUGGUGUAUUUUAUUUUGGGCUGGGUUAUUGGGUCAGUUACCGGUAAUGUAGAAUGGCUGUGUAAUAUUUUUCUUUUGAAUGAAUGGUAUAAAUAGAAAAUGUUGAAAAAAAUCUAAAAAAUUUAAAAAUA